GCUUCAUGACUGGGAAUGGCCUCAAGAGCAUAUCAAGACGCAGUUGUCAACAUAUGGCCAUCUUUUCGAUUUAUUCUCUAUUCCAUUUCUUUACGUAGUGCCGCAUCCGCAUCGUCCGUCCUACAACACCGUACUCGUAUGCCCAUUGCCCAUGCUUGUUCAAUUUUCUCUUGAUUUCUCGUCGAUGAGAAAUCAACAAUUCUGAUUAGUAAACUUCCCCGUCAAAGAGAGUGGCCUCGAACACUCUCAAUGGUCGAGAAUCAUAUCUCCGAUGUGUCUACAUCAUCAAACUAGGAGAUAAUAGUAAGUUGUGGAUUAUCAACCAUCCGCCCAGGCGAAGCUCCGCAUGGUGAUCCCACCGAUCUUUUUCUUUGUACUGGUACAUAUUUGCUCACACCUCUAUCACGUUAACAUCAACAUCUUUGUUUUCCCAUUCAUUGAACCUCAUACUCUACAUAUACUCACAUUUACAUAUAUAAUUCCACCGAAAACUACUCAACAUGUCCCAAUCAAUUCCCAAAACCACCAAAACGUGGAGAAUCGAAGGAGUAAACGGAUUUGACAGCUUGAAAUAUGAUACUCAAGCUACUCUUCCAGAAUUGGGUGCUAACGAUGUCCUCGUGAAAUUUCACGCUGCUUCAUUGAACUUCAGAGAUUUGAUAAUUCCCAAAGGCCAGUAUCCAUUUGCACUCAGAGAUGGCAUAAUUCCCGGCUCUGACGGUGCCGGCGAAGUCCUCGCUGUUGGAUCAAAAGUAACUCGUUUUACACCAGGCGCCAAAGUCGUUACUCUUUUCAGUCAAACCCACUAUGGCGGUUCGCUCGAUCAUUUAUCUGUUCAAAGUGGCUUAGGUGGUGCCGUGGAUGGCACACUUCGUCAACACGGCAUUUUUAACGAAAACGGGCUCGUAGACAUGCCUACCUCCCUUUCAUACCUCGAAGCAGCAACUCUGCCAUGUGCAGCUGUCACAGCUUGGAAUGCUCUUUAUGGGUUAAAGCCGGUGAAGCCUGGUGAUGUGGUUCUCACGCAAGGAACUGGUGGUGUUAGCAUAUUCGCUGUCCAAUUUGCCAAAGCAGCUGGGGCAACCGUGAUUGCCACAACCUCCUCCGAGUCAAAAGCUUCGACACUCAAGAAACUUGGUGCCGACCACGUAAUCAAUUACAAAACCACUCCAGAAUGGGGUGCACAUGCCAAAUCUCUCACUCCCUUGUCCGCUGGCGUAACGCACAUUCUCGAAGUCGGCGGUGCUACUACCAUGGCACAAUCUCUAAAAGCAAUCAAGAUCGACGGCGUUAUCAGUAUAAUCGGAUUUGUAGGCGGGCAAGCAAAAGAAAAGGAGCCAGGAUUUCUGGACUGUUUGAUAAACAUCUGCACAGUUAGAGGUUUGCUCGUAGGAAGCAGAGAAAUGUUCGAGGACAUGAACAGGGCAAUUGAUGCAAGUGGAAUCAAACCAGUGGUUGAUGAAAAGGUAUUCGGACUGGAUGAGCUUAAGGAGGCUUAUCAAUACAUGUGGGACCAGAAACAUUUUGGCAAGUUGGCCAUUAAAAUCGAGUAGAGGCAUGUAAGCAUUUUACCAUGGGUACUAGUACAAUUCGGGGCUAUCAGGAUUCCAUAUUGGCCAUAUUAUCAGUAUAUACUAUAAAAAAGGAGGAACACCGAUGAAACACUACCUCAUAGACACCUAUUUAGAUGGUACACAAUAUUCACAAUUUAAACAUGUUUAUUUCAUCCUAUCUGAUCCCA